CGCACGGUCCUGCGGAUGCUCCGGCACCGGCAGCGGUGAGAUCCAAACCGACACAGGGAACAAGACGCACCCUCCGCCUCCAGCACCGGCUCCGACACCGUUAGCGACACCGUCUCUUCUCUCUCGGCACCGGCAUCAGUCCUUGGAUCAGGACCGGCCGGCCUCCGCCAGCACCGGCACCAGCUCUUUUUCCCUGGUGCAAGGGUCCGGUCCUCCCCGGCCAACGGGGCUGAGCCUCCCGUCACCCUCCCCCCCCCGGUUCUCUCCCGGAACCAGCCCGUCUCCCCGGCAGCACCGGGAUCUCUCAGCCUCCUCCAGCACCAGGACCGACCCUUCCCCGGUUCACCGGGACCUCCCGCCUGGCUCAGCUUUUAAAACCCACAGACAGCGGCGCGGUGGGAACACAAAGCCAGGCACGGCGGAGCGGAGCCCCGAGCCCUCCCCAGGGACAGGGGAGCCGGAAUCCCCCGAGCCCGCCCAGGACGGGGAGCAGUGGCCGGGCAGGACCAGCCGAGGACCAGCCCCGGGAGCUCCUGCACCGUCGGCGAUGCGAGCGAUGGCAGACCAGGCUGCCGCCGCGCUGGACUCCUCCCCGACCCCGGCACCGUCCCCAGGCUCCCCUCGGCGCGGGGACACCGACCCCAGGGAGGACAACGGCACCCGGGAUGGCUGCGGGCUCGUUUUCACCGGGGACAGGGACACGAAGCGUGCCCCCUCGCCCCAGCCCGGGGGGGUGAUGCUCCUGGCUGAUCUCCCAUGGGCUGCCCAGCCCCGGCUCAGCCCGGCCAAGUCCCGCACAGCCCCGUCCUCCCCGAGCAUCUCCCCCUCGGAGAGCCGGGCUGCCCUGCUGCGGCUGCGGGAGGCCAGGCUGGAGGACACCAAGAGGCGGCUGUCGGAGGCCGUGCAGGAGCCCCUCAGCAGGCUCAGCCGGCUCAUGGCCGAGGAGAGCAGCCCUGUGCCCCGGGGGAAGGCGGCUGCCGGGGGGCAGGAGGUGGGGGGCAGUCCCGGGACUGGGGGACGCCGGGUGAGGGACUGGAGCCCUUGGGAGCCCACCCUGAACUGCCGCUAUGAGAUCUGCUCCUACGGGGACAUGAUCCAGGUGGUGGAGGUGGCUCAGCCGGAUGCAGAACCCCGGCUGCCACCACCCCAGGAGCCGCCGGCAGCACAGCCGGGGGAGGCGGUGCCGGGCAGGGCUCUGGUCUCCAUCGCCCUCCUGGCCUACGGCUACUUCAUCCUGCCACUGCCGCCCUACGCCGCGGGCCUCUGCCUGGGGCUCAUCUGCGGGCUGCUGCUGGGCUUCCUCACCAUCCUCCUCCUCAUGCCGAAGCUUCCGUCGGUGGCACAGGGACCACGGGGCCACCUGCGCCCCAAGCUGAUCCUGGGGGAGCCGCAGGAAACCCAUCGCCUCCAGGGCUGGAUGAACCAGCUGCACAGCUACGACCCUGAGCUUUUCCACCCCUCGCUGACGCACUCGGUGCUCGCCACGCUGGAUGGGGCCACCCUCAAGCUCUCCUACCCCAAGAGCAACAUCCCACGCCGAGCUACAUUCGAGGAGGAAAUCCUGGAUGCCGUCUUCAUCAGCCACCGCUGCUACAACCUGACUGAUGCCAAAGUCUUGCUCUGCCCCCCCAGCCUGGCCCGAAAGAGGACAUGGAACAAGAAAUACCCCAUCUGCAUCCUCCUCCCUGACCUGGGAGAAGUGGAGUGCAGGAGCAGUGAGGAGCACAACCCGGAGCUGCAGAGGGAUGAAGGGAUGAAGAAGGGGCCAGUGCCCGGGCAGGAUGUCCCAGGGGAUUCCAGGGAGAGGUGUCUGUACCUGUUUGGGCGGACAGGGAGGGAGAAGGAGGAGUGGUACCAGCACCUCGUGCGAGCCUCCCGUGGGACCCCCAGCAGCAGCCAUGGCGAAGGCAGGGCAGACAUGGGACUGGCUCCACAGAGCAGCGGCAGCAGCAGCGGAGGGAGCGCCGAGGACAUCCCCUCUGCCAUCCCACCUAAGGACCUGGCAGGAAGUGUCCAACAGAUUUUCCUAGAUUACAGCACCUACAUGGCCCGAUUCGUGCCAGCACAGGCAGGGGGCAGCCCAGACCACAGCCCCUCUCACGAGGUGAUGAGCAGCCCCACACCCACCAAGCUUGGCGAGGAGCAGGCGGGGCGUGGGGAGACAUGCAUGGCCUGGAUGAACGCCCUGGUGGGGCGCAUCUUCUGGGACUUCCUCCGGGAACAGUACUGGGCAGAGCAGGUGUCCAGCAAGAUCCAGAAGAAAUUGAGCAAGAUCAAGCUCCCAUAUUUCAUGAACGAGCUGGCACUGACGGAGCUGGACAUGGGCACAUCCAUCCCCUCGGUCCUCAGCGCCUCCAACCCCACUAUUGAUGACCGAGGACUCUGGGUGGACAUGGAGGUCACCUACAGUGGCUCGUUGCAGAUGACCCUGGAGACAAAGAUGAACCUCUGCAAGCUGGGGAAGGAGAGCGCUGCAGAGGAGAGCGGCCAGGCAGAGGCAGGCAGAGAGGGGGCCAGGCCACGGCUGAUCCUGCUGGCAGACAGCGACGCAGAGUCCUCCAGCGCCGGCUCCUCCGACGAGGAAGACGUGGCCACCACAGAGCCCACGGGAGCCCCUGGGGAGCGGGGCCCACCACCCGGCACCGAGGGCCACGUCAGCGGCAACAGCACGAGCCGGAAGAUCCUGCGCUUUGUGGACAAGAUUGCCAAGUCCAAGUACUUCCAGAAGGCCACUGAAAACGAGUUCAUCAAGAAGAAGAUCGAGGAGGUUUCCAACACGCCGCUGCUGCUGACGGUGGAGGUGCAGGAGCUGGCAGGCACCUUGGCUGUGAAUGUCCCACCACCACCCACGGACCGUGUCUGGUACAGCUUCCGAGUCCCACCCCAGCUGGAGCUGAAGGUGCGGCCGAAGCUGGGCGAGCGGGAGGUGACCUUCCUCCACGUCACCGAGUGGAUCGAGAAGAAGCUGCAGCACGAAUUUCAGAAAAUCCUGGUGAUGCCAAACAUGGAUGAUCUCAUCGUUCCCAUCAUGAGCUCAGGCCUGGAUCCUCAGACUCCUGCUAGAGGAGCUCCCAGGGACCUACCCAAGGGAGAGAAGAGGUUUUGAAGCACAGCAGGGCAGAGACACCACACAGGGCAUGGGGACCUCACUGGGACACGGGGCCAGCCAGGGCCUGGCCACUGAAUGCAUCCAGGGCUGUGCCAUGAGGUCUGAGCUUCUUGGUUCAUCUCAUCUUCAUCAGUUCUGUAGGUGAGCCUCCUUCUCAAACACUACAAGCACACGUUGACAGCAGAACCAGGCCCCAGGGCAAGGGGUUUGCUGGAGACCCAAGAACUUCAUGCAGCUCCUACCAAGUUCCCAGGACUGCUGGUCAGGGGGCAGCUCAGGAGCAGUGGUGGGCUCGGCUUUCCACUGUCUGGUUCCCAAAGAGGGUGCAGGACACCCAGACCAGUUCUGCACUGAAGAAGCUGAGAUCACUGCUCCAGGACAUCCCAGCUUCAAGACACACCACACAAUCCCUGCAGGCAGCUGGACUGCAAGGAAAGCAGGGGUGGGAAAUGAGUCCGACGUCUGAAUAAACCCAUCACUGGCCAGUCUGACCCAGCACCAUCUUAUUGUGCACAAGUUCCCACAUCUGCUGAGGAUGCUGCUGGGAUCAGGGGGCUUCAUGCAGAGGGAAAUCCAGGGAUCAUCCCUUCAGCCCAGCAAAAGGAGUGUCUGUGUGUGGGUGUGUGUGAGAGCUGGAGAGGGGAGAGAUGGUCAGUGGGACUGGGCAGGGCACAGGGAGGCCCUGGAUUCCCAGUGGAAACUGGGGCAGAAGUGCCAGUACCUGCUCUGCUGUCCUCCAGGAGAGGAAGGGGAAUCUUCACCAUGGUUUGGGUGCAUGCAGGCAGAGGGAAAAAAUGUCCUGGGCAAAGGAAAGGGGUGAGCCAGAGGACAGAGCACCUGGUUGUCACAGUUAGUCCCUGUCCAUAUGGGCCAGUCUCAAGCCCUACUUAUCCCAUCCCCAUCUGCUGAGGGGCCUCCAGGACACA